GCAACUGUUCACGCAAAGAUUCGCAUGCGACGCAAACAUACUCGUCGCAUCGCGCAUAUCGUCGGUCCUACGCACACCCCACGCUUCAAAUUCAUCGUGGUCAUCGUGGAUCUACAUUUCAAGCAAAAACGCGCGUGUGUCGCGAAACUUAUAUUCGUCGCAUCGAGCAUCACGUUGGUUCUUCGCUUUUACACAUCGAGAAUCUACAUUCCUCGCAUCGCGCAAGUUUUUACAAAAUAUUUACAAUUUUAAUUAUGUAAUUCGUCGAAAUGUCAUUCGUCAUUCGUCGCGAAAAAAAUAAUUUUUGAUAUUAGCCGCCAUUGCAGCAUUGGGUGGCCAAUGCUGCCAACUAACGAAUACUUUAAAACACAUUUCAUGGAUGAACUGGUCAUUGUAGGGAGUGAAGCUUGUGCCUAUGUUAAGUAGUUUACACUAUACCUAAAGUUUAUGUGGUACUUUAAGUCCUUUAAGUCGCAAUCACCAAUAAUGGCAUCUGAAGACUUGAGGAGGUUGCGAGCUGCACGAAGUUACACCAAGGCCUCAAUCACUCGUCUCUUCAACUUUAGCAAUAAUGAGAAUGAUGUUGGCCUUAGUGCAAUUUCUGACUUGCAAACGAAGCGCGCCAGGAUAGAAGAGUUAUUCAAAGAUUACGAGCAAUGUAAUAAGGAGAUUUUAGCCUUAGACGAAGCUGAUGCGGAGGAUGUGGAGGACUAUGAGGCAAAGUACUACAACAUUCUCACUAUCCUCAAUGAGGCUAUAAAAUACAAGUCGUCCUCGUCUGAUGCGCCCUCGUCUGACGCUCCCGCGUCUUCCUGCAAAAAGGCUAAACUGCCUACUAUAAAAAUUGAAACUUUCACUGGUAAGUAUCGUGAAUAUACAGGUUUUAUUAACUUGUUUAAGGCAAUAAUACACAACGAUAGAUCAAUUGAUAAUGUCCAAAAAUUGUACUAUUUGCGCUCAUUUCUCGCAAAUGAACCCUUUGACUUGAUUAAGAACCUGCCUCUAGCUGAAGGCAGCUACGAGGAGGCUCUUAAGCUUUUAGAGGAGAGGUAUAACCAUAAGUUCAAAAUUGUAAAUGAACACAUUAAUGCCUUGCUUGAUAUAAAUGCCUUGGUCAAAUCUAGCCCUGCAAAUUUAAGACAGUUUGUGUCAUGCAUCAAACAAUCUUUAUCUGCAUUAAAGAAUUUAAAUGUAAGUACAGAUAAUUGGAAUCCUAUUAUAUUGGCUAUUUUGUACCGUAAAUUAGACACCUACACGUCACGGGCAUACCAAUUGGAGCGUGAUGACACUGAGGAGCCCACAGUUACCGAGUUCCUGCUGUACUUGGAGAAACGCGCCUUGGCACUGGAGAAUGCUGAGGCGUCGCCCACACCGGGGAAGUCUCACCACAAGGCAGUGGUAAAUGUGACAGCGACCGCCUCGCCUGCCUGCAGUUAUUGUAAGUCUAAUCACCGACUAUUUGACUGUAGCAAAUUUAAAAUGCUUACUAGUAGUGAAAGGAUAGCUUUCAGCAAAAAUAAUGACCUAUGCUCUGUCUGUCUAAACAAACACAAUGGAAAGUGCCGCUUUCAUUUCCGGUGCAGUACUUGCAAAGAGGCUCAUAAUACCUUACUGCAUCCGGACUCGGCUAACCAACCCCAAGUUUCUUUAAUAUCAAAUUUGGGGCAUAAUGGGGUACUAUUGCCCACAGACAGAGUGAAGUUAUAUUCACGGACAGGUAGUGAGGUUCAUGUGAAAGCUCUUUUAGAUUGUUGUUCACAAAGCUCUUUAGCCACCACUAAAUUAAUAAAUGUUUUAGGAUUGACCCCAAGCAAGGACAACAGCAACAUAAUUGGUGCUGGAGGAAAAAGUACUGAUACACAGUAUUCUAUACCUUUAGAUGUGUAUUCUUUGACCAUGCCUUACCGAGUCACUGCGAAUUGCAAUGUAAUGGAAAAAAUUACAUGCCAGCUGCCACAAAAUGCGAUCAAAUUGGACGCUAUUAAUAUACCUGAUGGGAUCACUCUGUCUGAUGCUGAUUUCCAUCAGCCGUCUGAGAUCAAUUUACUUCUAGGUGCUGACAUAUUUUUCCAGGUCCUCCUUCUGGAGCCAGUUCCGGGUCAGCAGGAGCGGUCUGCGCAGCCUGUUGAAGACCCAGCCAGUCCACAUCCGACGGUUGUAAAUACAAAGUUUGGCUACAUCAUAGGUGGGGGUUUACCACGACAACAAACCAGUGACAAAAGUAAGAAUGAAAGCUCAGUGUGCAAAACAGCUGAUGGGUUCUUUGCCACCUGA